CAAGAUGGCGGCGCGCGCGCAGCGGGUCGGACGCGCGGCCCUGGUGGCUGCGGUGCUGCUGGUGCUCGGCGCGGCGCCGCUCGCGCUUGGCCAGGCGGCGGGCGCGGAGGGCGGCGCUCCGCACCGCCGCUUCGAGUACAAGUACAGCUUCAAGGGGCCGCACCUGGUGCAGGCGGAUGGCACCGUGCCCUUCUGGGCGCAUACGGGCAAUGCCAUACCAAGUGCAGACCAGAUCCGCAUCACAACCUCUCUGAAAAGCCAAAGAGGUUCUGUAUGGACAAAGAAUAAAUCAGUAUUUGAGUUCUGGGAAAUCGAGGUGACAUUUCGAGUUACGGGAAGAGGCCGUAUUGGAGCUGAUGGGCUGGCAAUCUGGUUUACGGAAGAGCAAGGCUUGGAAGGUCCUGUUUUUGGGGCAGCUGAUCAGUGGAAUGGAGUUGGAAUCUUCUUUGAUUCUUUUGACAAUGAUGGAAAGAAAAACAAUCCUGGUGUGAUUCUUGUAGGCAACAAUGGAAAACUUCUAUAUGACCAUCAGAAUGAUGGUUCCACACAAGCACUGGCAUCCUGUCAGAGGGACUUUCGUAACAAGCCCUAUCCUGUUCGAGCAAAGAUUACGUACUAUCAAAAAACACUGACUGUGUUCAUUAACAAUGGCUUUACUCCAGAUAAAGAAGACUAUGAGUUUUGUGCAAAAGUGGAAGAUAUGGUAUUGCCAUCACAGGGAUAUUUUGGAAUAUCUGCAGCCACAGGGGGACUUGCAGAUGAUCAUGAUGUCCUUUCUUUUCUGACCUUCCAGCUGACUGAACCUGGCAAAGAAGUUCCUACACCAGAUACGGAAAUUCCUCAAAAAGAUAAGGAGAAAUAUCAAGAAGAGUUUGAACACUUUCAGCAAGAGUUGGAUAAAAAGAAAGAGGAAUUUCAAAAGGAACAUCCUGAUGUGCAAGGACAGCCAGCGGAUGAUCUUUUUGAAACUGUGAGUGAUCGUGAACUGAGGCAAAUCUUUGAGGGACAGAAUCGGAUUCAUCUUGAAAUCAAGCAGCUUAAUAGGCAGUUGGAUAUGAUUCUGGAUGAGCAGAGGAGGUACGUCUCUGCUGUGACAGAGGAGUUUACCAGAAGAGGAGCUGGUGUUCCAGAUCAGCAAGGACAGGUUUCUCAGCAAGGGAUUGAUCAAGUUGUGAAAACUCAAGAAGAGGUCAUUAGACAAGUGGAUGAAAUGAGAAAUUCUGUGUCUGAGACACUGAGGUUGGUCAGUGUAGCUCAACAUCCUGGCUCUGCUGCAGGAGUCUAUGAAACAACUCAGCACUUCAAUGACAUCAAAGAACAUCUUCACGUAGUAAAGAGGGACAUCGAGCAUUUAGUACAACGAAAUAUGCCAUCUAAUGAGAAACCAAAGUGUCCUGAAUUGCCACCAUUUCCAUCAUGUUUAUCUACAACGCACUUCUUCGUAUUUGUAGCUGUGCAAACAGUGUUAUUCAUUGGCUAUAUCAUGUAUAGGAGUCAACAAGAAGCAGCAGCCAAAAAGUUCUUUUGAUGACUUGUUCCUUUUGUGUGUACAUAUCAGCAGUAUGUAUGCACAGAAACUGAUACAAUUCUGUAAAUGAGGGGAACUUUAGUGUUUGAUAUACUUCAAUAUUGUAAAUUAUUGCAUUUUGUUUUAAAAAAAAAGGAGUUAUUGUUUAAACCAUUAAUACUAAAGUUUAAAACAAACUGGGGAACAGUGGAGCAAAUGCUAGGUAGGGGAAGGCUGUAAACCUUAUCUAGGUUUAUGUUUUCAGCUAAACUUCUGAUAAAUACUGGAAGAUAAACACAGUAUUCCUCUGGAUUGAUUAAGAUUUAAGAAGAGGGAAUUAAAACAAAGAUUCGGUGGUUGUCAAUAAUAAAAAUUGCAAACUGAUGAUGUGUGCAGAAAACCUAACYCUUAAUAUCCUGACCUAUAGGUUAUUUGUUUUUCUUUCUUGUAAUGAACCACGCCUUUCUUUGUUGGGGAGAAAAGUUGUUAGGAGUGUUUCAUCUCCCUGGCAAUUGGGUUUAAUGGGGUUUAGAUUGGUUUAAUAAAUUCCAACUCUUCUUGAGAUGUGUAUCUACAAGCAAUUUUUUAUAUGUGGACACACAGGCUUUUAAGAGGCAGACUGUUAGCAUCUGGUGUAGUAAGGAAACAAUGCAGAAUAAACAAACAAGGUGUAUCUUUCUGUUUGGGGUUUUAUUUUUAGGCAGUGAGAGAACACCGAAGUAGUUUCUCUGGGUGUAUCAUAGGGUGUUUUUUUUGUUUGUUUGUUUUGGUUUUUUAAAUAUAGUUUCAAGUCAGACUAACGUUUAGAGAUUUGUAGAAACAUUUUAGCAAAGAUAACAUUGGUUUAUACCUCUUCAGAUCUGAUUUUAAGGGCGCAUUUGAUCUGGGAACGUGCUUGACUUUUAUGAAUCUGUCUUGUCUUUCUUGAAUUGAAUGCGGAUGCUAUAAUGUAAAAUCCUGAAGUAGUGAGUGUUCUGCACUCCGAAUACCAUGUUACCCAUCUCUUCAGAAGUUGUUGCAUCAGACAUGUUUGUUUCAUCCAAUAGCUAUUGCAGAACCAGGAUUGUGCAUCAGCUCCUAGGAGGUUUAAUAUCAAGUGCACCAGACUGAACACUUGUUUUUGAUAUUGCUUAUCCUGUGAAAUUUGCUUCAGGAAAGAAACAAAGCAGAUAGCUCAAAUUGGGAAUGUGAAAAGCUUUUUUUUCUUUUCUGCCUUGUUUACGUAUCUGUGGUAACUUUGUCCUUCAGUUGCUUAUGUAUAGAGUUGAGAAUUUUUAAACUUUAUAAAAUGCACAAAAACAUCAGAAUAUUUCAUUUGUAAUUAUAAGUCUCUCUAGCUGAAAAUCUGCAAAAACUAUGUAGAAUCUGACAUACAGCUGCUCCUUCCGAGUGCAAUACAUGUUGCCAAAUUCUCUGUAAUGAAGAACGUUUCAGUAUUGUGCCUGACAAUUUGGAGAAAUGAUAAAUCUAUGCAAUACAUUUUGUUACUUAAAUUACAAAAUGCCCAGAAAGUGGGUGUCUGUGCUAUACCAGUAAGAUGAUACUACCUGCACACCUAUUUAARUAGCUACAGUAUGUGCUACACUGUAAGCGGUAUAGCUAAAUAAAUUCAUUUCUGAAUUUUGGAAGAUUGUUUGCUGUACUAAUUGGAGGAACUACUUCCUCAAGCUAGUCUUGGUGAAUAAAUAGGGUAAAUCAAUAGGAGAACCUUUCAGAAAGCCACAGUAGUAUACAGGAACUUAGUUCUUCUGACACCAGCAAAUAUUUACAGGUGCCUUGAAUCUAAGCUGUUGCAACCUGGCCUCUUUUCACUAAAUCUACUAUACUGUUCUAAAUUGCUGUGAAAAUGUACAGUGUUGUUCUUGCAUCAGUGCAACACCUAAGCAGAGCCCCUACUCUCAUAGCAGGCUUUGCAGGACCUUCUGCCUGGAAAGGCUGGAGACCAUCCUGACAAGUAGGUCUGUGUCUGGAACAGUGAGGAGCAGCUCUUGKUAUGAGUUGGAGGAAGCAUUUGUUUCUCUUUGCUGAGAAUUUCCCCAACUUGGUUUUAACAAGCUGAAGCAGACCAUGCCCUUCCUUCUUGUGUUAGAAGAAAAGGCUGAGCGUAGCAUCUAGGGAAAAACCUGCACCUCCCAUUUUGUUGUCGCUAUGGUUCUCAGCUGCAGUAUCAGUGCUGCUAAUGGAGCUCUUCUGUCCCACGAACCUGGGGAAACUGCAAUAGGAGCAGAAGGUCAAAAAUGUGGCAUCUGAAAAGUGAUGCUUUGCUUCAUGCCUAGUCACACAAAUCCCUCCUUAGACUUUCCAUAAUUGCCUUGUUCACUGGAGCAAAUUAAAACUCCUAAUUAUUUAGCCCAAACCUUGUCCUGUCUGAAGUGAUUGCAACAGUUUUGGACCUAGGACUAUUUAUUAGUCAAAGUAGCCCCUGUUUAUGGCUACAGCAUUUCUUUCAGUACUAUUUCACUUUGUCAGUAUAUUUCAUUUUGUUAAGCAAAAUUUCAGAACUGGAAGGAGAAGACAACUUGGAAUCCGCCUUUUCCAUAAGGAGCAGAACAAGUCUAGCAGUAUUGAACUGUGCACGAUAAGUAGCAAAUACUAUUUGGCAAUGACAAGCAAAUCCUAUUGUACCAGUCAGAGUAUGCUAAGUAAUUUGUUGCAUCUGAAUCUUUUAAGCAAAAUACAUGAUCAUG